AUGGGUAGCUUCUUCUACCCUGCCCUCAGCGAGAGGAGCCUCAUCGCGUUCGUCAAGGAGGUCGUUUCCCCGACAGAGGUGGGACGAGCCGUGAAGGCCAUCCGUCUGGGCCGAGUCGACGCCAAGAGCUUCUUCUGGUUGACGAGGGGGUUCACUUCGACCAAGGCAACCGAGCUGCUGGCGGAAAGAGGGGGGCGGUACGCCGGGCCUCGGCCAGCGUCGCACACGUCAGCCUGCACGGGGUCCCCGUUCUUCUCUUCUGGCCAGGGCAUCACCAGCCUCCUCAGCUCGGUUUCCGCCAACGGCCGCGUCGGCGACAGAUUCGUCCUUUGCUUCUCCGACGGCGUGGACGCCUGUGCGCAGAUGAUCACCGGGUGCCUCGUAGCGACCGACGGCAGCGGCGACUGCAGCACCGGCAGCAGGUACCACGACGAUAACACCUACCACCUCGGGGGAAGCUCGCCACCCCCGUGCUCCGCCAUCAUAUUCGGAGAGAGCUGCGAGCGGGCGGGUAGACCAGCGGGAGAGAGGGACGGGAUCAACGGCGCCGGCGCUAGGGUCUUGAGUGUGUUGGACUGGGUGAGCGUCUACGGGGAGUGCUCGGAGUCCCUCCUCUGCGCGUGGGUGUACCGCGGAGAGGCACAGGCGAACGAAGCAGACGCCGCGCCAUAG